UGACACAGAAUGAUGACGGAAACUUCAUCGAGUACAGCGGUAACUUCGUCGGGUUGAUAUGUUUUUCUUUAUUUUUUUACUGUAGUUUAGUUUCUCAGUGACGUCUCAACGACAAGGCCUUACUAUUGCUGGCAUGAAGAAGUGGCCCUUGCUGUGAUGCCUCCAGCCAUGCCUCAGAUUAAUGAUCCGAAGAUUGCCUUCGCUUAUCUGCGCCCAGCCUGCGUUCUGCUCACCAAGGAGCCCUCUGUGACCAAUGUGGAGUCGCUGAGCGAGCAGUUGAAAGACAUCCACGAUGCCUCGCUGCAGCAGCUGCAAGAGUAUGUCCUCUUCCCCUUGCGUUUCGUCUUCAAAGUCCCGGGGCAGAAGAAGGAAAAGCUGGUGCAGUCUGUGGCCGAGGCAGUGAGCUACGUUCUGGAGAGGACAUGUGUCCGGAGCUGGGACAUGCUGCGUGACGUCUUCUCUGAGCUCUGCGUCUGCCUCUGCUCCCCCACAGACCCGGGCCAACCCGCAGGUACGUCAGAGGAGCUGAAAUCCGCCGUGCUGCAGUGCCUGGAUGCUCUGCUCCACUCUGCUUAUGGCGACAUAGUGUUCAAACUGUAUGAACCCUCGAUGCUGCCCGGACUGGGUGCUGCUGUGUCGCUGCUGUUGGCUUUAGGAGAGAAAGACAAAUCCAGAGAGAUUCAGACGGCGGCCUUGAAGUGCCUCCAGUCUUUGAUUCUACAUUGCAACUGCAACCAGGAGCAUGUUGCCCCAUCGUGGGAUGAGCGAUGUUCUGUAGGCAGCACCAUGGCUUCCUUCUUACCUGGGGUCACUUCGGCUGCAGCGAGGAUCAUCACUGGAGAUCUGAGGCAAGGCCAUGCGGUUACUGUCAGGGCCAUCAAGGUGUGGUCUGGGUGUGUGGUUCUGGUCAUGGAGGAUGCCCAGCUGCAGCGCAGUGAGUCCUGCAGCAUCGUGUCACCAGAGCUGGGGAGGAUCGGCCAGCUGGUGGUGCAGCGGAAGGCGGACUGGGUGAAGGCGACGGCGGGGAAGCUGUGUGUGCUGCUGAGGAGGAUCAUCUCCUGCUGCUCUGCCCACCAGCACUGGAGGGUGAGGCUGGAGACGGUGGAACUGGCCGACCGUCUGCUGGCAUCGUGCGGUCAGUCACUGAAAGAGUGUCUGGGUCCACUGCUGGAAACUCUGGUGGGAGCGAUCAAUGACGAAGACCCCAGAGUCAGACAGAGGUGUGAGGUUGCUCUGAGAGACGUAUCCCAGAGGAGUCAGAGCGCCACUAGCAGUAAGAACCUGACUGACAUCCUAUCUGAGAACCUCCACUCUUUAGCCACCUCCCUCCCCCGGCUGAUGAGGACUGCCGAUGACCAGAAGAAGCUGUUUGUCCUCAACGUGUUGCUUGGUUACCUGAAAGUCCUGGGACCACUUGUCUCUGUGGUGUUAAACUCUGCUGCACACCUGAACAGGACCUCUAAAGCGUUAAUGCAGGUGCUGGAGCUGGAUGUGAUGGAUGUUCGUAUUGUGGAGGAGCGGAGCUCCACUGAUCCCAUAGAGAGCAGCUCCGACUCACACCACUCCGACAGCGCUCACAGUCAGAGGAAGCACUUCCUGUUCUUCACCGACGACAAGAUCUACUGCGUGCUCAUGGAAAUCUGCCGAACAUUAGGUUACUACGGCAACAUCUACCUUCUCACCGACCACCUGUUGGACUUGUAUCGGCAGUCCUGUGUGUACAGGAAGCAGGCCGCCAUGGUCCUAAACGAGCUGGUGGGCGGUGCCGCCAGCGUCUCGGUGGCAGCGCCGGCCAGCUGUUUGGACAGUGGGGACUGCCCGGCCCCCUCUGCGUCCAAGGAAGACCUGAAAGCAGUGGUGGUGUCUAUCAUGGAGGAAUACACCAGCCUGAACAACUGGCACCUGAAGACUGUGAGCGAGGAGACAGACAUAGACUGUCAGGAUCAGCAGCUGCUGAGUCCUUUCAGACUCCAGUCCAUCUCCUGCGGUGAUAUCAUCAGGAACACCUCAAAUCCUCUUCAUCAAGCAGUUCCUUCUUCAUCCGCCUGCCAUUUGACCUCACCACCUACAUCUGCCAUCCACCAGCUGAACAGCAACAUCUGGCAGCUGUGCAUCCAGCUGGAGGGUGUGGCCUGCUUUGCCCAGGCGCUGCAGCGCGACUUCCGCCCGCUGCUGAUGACAGUGCUCUACCCGCUUUUGGAGAAGGCCAGUGAUGAGUCGCUGCUGGUUAGCCAGGCGGCGCUGGGUGCCAUGACGAUGGUCGGCACGGCCUGUGGUUACGCCUCCCUGAAGGAGAUGAUCAGAGACAACUCGGACUACCUGCUCAACGACGUCUCAGUGAACUUGCAGAGGCUUGGUCAACACCCACAGGCUCCACGGGUAUUAACGGUGAUGCUGGCUCACUCUGACUGCAGCCUGCUGCCUCUGGUUGGGGACAUCGUACAUGAUGUUCUGAUGGCUCUGGAUCUCAGCUAUGACCAGUCAGCCACUCUGUUUGGCUCUGUGCUGCUCGCACUCAUGAAGGCACUGGCCAGCUGGUUCCCUCCAUCAUGCUGUAGGACCAGUAAGCCUCCCAGUUCUAGAAUUUCUGCUGAACUGGAAGAUUUUGACAUCUGCCAGUUCCUACUGGAUUAUCAAAAGCAGAAGGAGUUGGCAGAGGGCAUUGGGAUCGAAGCGGAUGAGACGGAGGACCUUGAAGUGCCGCCUCCUGCAGAGUGUGAGGAAACUGUUGAUGGACCCGACAUGAAGGCACAACUCCCACCACACCUCAAUAUUGCUAAAGACGUCAUGGAGCGCUGCGUCCACCUGCUGUCUGACCCCAGCCUCAGACUCAGGCUCAAGGUUCUGGAUGUGCUGGAGCUGUGUGUGUACGUGCUGAGUGAGAGGGAAGACGAGUUGCUGCCCAUGGCUCAUCGCUGUUGGCCGGCUCUACUUCAGAGACUCACAGCUGAUGACCCGUUAGCAGUCCUCAGAGCCUUCAGGGUGCUGUGUAUGCUAGGUGAAACCUGCGGUGACUUCCUGCGAAGGAGGGUUUCUAAGGAGGUGCUACCCAAGCUGAGCUCCUCACUGGCGCGGCAGGCUCCGGUCAGCGCCAAGGCCGGCCCGGUCUACACACACACUUUGGCCUACAAGCUGCAGCUGGCAGUGCUGCAGGGCCUGGGCUCGCUGUGUCAAAGACUGGAUCUGGGCGAGGCGGAUCUUGAUGUUGUCUCUGAAGCCUGUCUGCCCUACCUGAGCUGCAGACAGCCAAUCAGGCUGCAGGAGGCCUGUCUGAGCGUUUUCCGUCACUUAAUGCAGCUGGAUCCGGACAGCUUCUGGUUUACGCUGAACCAGAUCCACUGCCCUUCGUCCUACAUGUCGCCCCCCCACCCUGACCUCCGACCCCUGCAGCUGGGUGGGACGGGGCGGCCCAGAGACGAGUACUCAGACAACGUGCUGAAGCUGCUGAGGGAGGAGUUUGCCUCCGACUCAGACCAGCUCUGACCACAAACGUUCAAUGAACUGGAAAAAAAAGAACCUGUUAUGUUUUUAUAUGUGAGUUUAUGUUCAACAUCAUGGUGUUAAAUAAAAACACCAUAACUUCUACGCCAACGUCCAAACCAGGAACAAAGCUGGCUGCUCUUUCCACUCCCUCAGAGGUCUGACUUUUCAUCUGCCUGACAGACGGGUGCAUAUUGGACAUGAAAAUGAAAUGUUAAUUUUCACGUCUUUUCUUUAUUGUUCAAAGAACUGACUGAAUCGUCCUGCUUGUUUUGAAUAAAUUAACAAUUCAUCCACAUAAAAUUAAAACUGUGGGUCUGUUUCUUGGUUUAGAGAUUUAACUUUCUGGUAUGCAUCUUAUUAUAAAUCCUAGCUUUUUAUAUUGACAGCAUGUUAUAUUUUAUUUUAAUUUUAUCUUGUCUACAAUUGCUACUCAGCGGUGG